UUCAAGUUAGUUUUUCAAAUUAUUUUGUUAUUUAUUUUUACCUCGAUCAUAUUUUGUAAAUAAACCAGAAAUUUAAAUAUGGACUCAGCUUUAGAUCCUUUAGAUCUUGUAAAACAUUCUGAAAGAAUAGAAAAAAAAACAGUCCCUACCAUUGAUACUGAUGCCUUAGCCAAAUAUCUAGAAGAAAUUGCACAAGAAGCUGUCAAUCUAAUUAAUAGAGAUUCAAAACAAGAAUUUCUAUAUAAAAAUCCAAACGGAUGGCAACAGAAAAAACUUUAUUACAAUGUGAAGAAGUUUUACCAAAAAACUGGGGUAACAAAAAUGGAUAAUUCAAAAGAUAUUGAUAGUCCUAGCAGUAACUCAAUAUCAUUUGCUAUACCAAGUUCCUCUACCAGCAGUGAGGAACUGGAAAUUAAACUAGAACCUUGGUCUUUAAUAGAAGAUUUUAAGUUUCCCUUAGUGGUACACCAAAUAAAUGAAUUUAUACAAACCUGGGAACUAAGUUCUGCCACAAAAUUUGUAGUUAUAGCUUUGGAUAAAAUUGAGCACAUACCACCGUUUGGUAAAAGAUAUUAUGUAGAGGCACAUUUUUCCAAACCCACACCCAAAUGUCCCAACCCAUUAGCUGUAGCCAAAGUCUACUUUCAAAUAAAUGUAAGUCACCUGUUGCCCAGUGAUUACCCGGUGAAUGUUACCUACAAAUUUGAAAGCUAUAAAAGUCAAUUUUAUGCCAUGGGUGCGCUUAAAAUUAGUUCAAAUAAAUUUCAACGUUAUUACAUUGAUUCCAUAUUACACAUGAAAUUGUCAUUUUACGCCGAGUUAUGUGAAUGUCGCAAUCCCUUAAAACCUUUGGAAAAACGCAAAAAGAGUGGUAAACUAGAAAGAAUAAAAAGCUUGUGAUCUUGAAAAUUUUUAGCAAAAUGUGUUACAGUUUGAGAGAAUUGUAAAAAGAACCAUUUACUUUUUUAAUUGAAACAAAUAAAUUGAUUUUCUUUUUACUGCAAAC